AUGCUCGUCGAGUAUAAGGCGGCUCCUUCGGAAUUCACACAGGACCCACAGCGGCACAUGAUUGUAGAGGCCCCCAGCAAUCCAUUACCAAGUAACACGCCAAUGUGUUUACUGCCAGAUAUAAAGACAGCUAGUAUCCUCGUGAAUUCAUAUUUCAUCAAUACCAUUGGCUUCGUCGAGGUCUUUGAUCGGCGGAUAUUUCGUGAUCAAUUCGACCAAUGUUUCCAAGAUCCGCUCACCAUCGACCCAUCUGUGCGAUGCUUGCUCAACCUAGUCUUUGCGAUUGGUCUUGUACUGGCAAAACCCGAACCAGAAAGCGAGGAAGAAGAGGUUAUCAAGAAACUUCGUGAGCAUAAAGGCAUCAACCAUGCCGAGGUGUUUUUCAGAAACGCCAAGGCCCUUGCCGAUCCGGAAUCAGGCUUUGAGAACGCGAACAUUUGGUCGGUCCAGGCGCUUUGCCUCAUGGCUAUUUACAUGCUGUCAGUUUCUAAGAGAAAUGCUGCAUAUGCCUAUUAUGGUAUGGCGGUGCGGUCGGCUUUCGCCCUCGGGCUACAUCGUGAAGAAAAUGAUUGCAGCUUUGAUCGGAUCUUUGACCAGACUCUAGGAAAAGUGAGGAGGAACCUGUGGCGCACACUUUACGUUCUAGAUCGAUUCUUGUCGGCUUCGUUGGGCAGACCAAUGGCAAUUUCUGACGAAGACUGUUCCGAGGAUCCCCUCGAGGCCGGCGAAAAACCCCUUGAGAGUGAAGAUGAAAAGGUCAAUUCAGCAGCCCUGUAUGCCGCUGUGAGAACUAGCCGCGUCAUCGGGAAAACACUCAAAGAGGUAUACUCGAAGCGAAAGAUAUCAUGCGCCAUCACCCAGGAAAUUGCAAAGAAGCUAGUAGAUUGGAACGGAGCACUGCAUACUGAACUUCACUGGCAACAGGCGAAAAACAACAACGUACCACGAAGCAGAAGGAUCACUAUUUUGCAUGUGAACCUUUUGCAAUGCCAUUCAAUCAUUCUCUUGGCUCGGCCGUUUUUCUUGUAUAUUCUCAAGGUUGGGAUGAUGCAGGGGAGCCAAGCACGAUUAAGCCAGAGGAUGGAUGGGUAUGCCCAGACAUGCGUCGAAGCCGCGCAACACAGCCUAGCUAUUGCACAGGCUGCAAUGGACGGAGACUACCUCCCACAUUGCAACCCAUUCGUCAUUUACUUUGUCUUUGCGGCAGGUCUGAUAAUCCUGAGCAACGAGUUUGCAUCGUUGUAUAUCAACCCAGACGCCGACAUGGCUGUUGCCAGCUGUCUCUCGAUCCUUGGAUACUGCGCAGAACAUGACCCUCAGGCCAAGCGGGUCCACCACAUCAUCAAGACUUUCCAGGAGGUCAUCGUGAACCGGGCCUCGGCAGAACCUGUGCUUUCAUUUCCAGGUCGGAUAAUACCAACCAUUACGCCUGCUUCAAGUAACCCGCAUCAUGAUCCCAUGGCCCAUUUCUUCAAAAACUCAAAAUGCGGCUCAAAAGCACAGCAGUUACCAAUCAUGCCGCCAACCCUGAGGCCCGAGCACUCAAGCAUGUCAGCUAGCUAUCAGAGACGGCCUUCAUCAUCGAUCAUCUCUGUCCACCAACAGCCGAGCCCAGAUGGCACUGAUGGCUCCCCAGCAGCAGUCGUCUCAGCGUCGGGUAGCGAUGGUAACACAAAUCCGGAUGUCAGCUUCUUCCUUGAUGACUUGUUCACGUCACCCUACAUGAACUCGAAUGCAAGAAUGCAAAUGGAUCAUCAGCAGCAUAUCCAGCCAGAAACUUUCAACAAUCAUUACACCUUGGGACCGACACCGUCUUUACCGUUCGGCCCUGCCAGCAUUCCGCCUGCCACCAUGCCGCCUGUCAGUAUGGGACCCCAUGGCAACUUAUUCUAUUCAGUUGGUGAUAAUUUCUAA